GUCCUCCUUUGCCUGUCUUGAGUUGAGCCUCCCUGUGGCUGUGCUUCAUUGUUGUCGGCGUCGUGCUGGAGGAGGUCACUGGGUCCGGCUAGCAGUCCGUAUUUAAGCGCACUCAACUUUUCUGCACGUCGUCUUCUGAAUCAAUAAACCAUCAUGGGGAAAGGCUGCUUGACGGCGAUCAAGUAUUUCCUGUUCCUCCUCAAUCUCAUCUUCUUUCUGCUCGGGGCCGUCGUCAUGGGCUUCGGAUUGUGGCUCCUCCUGGACAAUCAGAGCUUCAUUGUUGUCCUCAAUGACUCAAUAGCGGUCAAGGUUGCCUGCUACAUCCUGAUUGGAGUCGGGGCUUUCUCCAUGCUCAUUGGCUUCCUUGGCUGCUUAGGAGCUAUUUACGAGAUCCGCUGUCUGCUUGGCAUCUACUUUACCUGCCUCUUGUUGAUCUUCAUUGCUGAGAUUGUAGCUGGUGCCCUCAUCUACUUCCACAAGGGUGUGGUAAAUGAAGAGAUGUCUAAGAUGGUGUCUAAGGUUUUGGACAACUAUCCAGGAAAGAACUCCACCACGGAGCAGGCGUGGGACUUCAUCCAGCGGAAUAUGGAAUGCUGCGGCUGGAACGGUCACGAGGACUGGAACGGAAACAUGGUGAUUUCCAACAGCUCUCGGCUCCUGUUUCCCUGCUCGUGCCAGAACGUGUCCCUUGCAAGCGGAAACAUCUCCGAGACUGGAUUCUGUGAGGCACAGACACCCGACUGGCCCGUGUACGACUCGGGUUGUUCUGCCAGCGUGGAGAGGUGGUUCCUCACCAACAUCGGGGUCGUCCUGGGCAUCUGCAUCACAAUCGCAUUUAUUGAGUUGCUGGGGAUGAUCCUGGCCAUCUGUUUGUGCAAGAACCUUCACAUGGAGGACUACACCAAAGUGCCAAAGUACUAAAGAUCCCCAGACUGAGCUUGGCUCAAACUGAAGCUGCACAUCAGUGGAGAAGAAACUGUAAAGAAAUGAGGCAUUUUCCCAACCAAUGUUAGGUUCAAUGUUUUGUCCAAAUGUAGAAAUGAGCUUUCUUUUAGUUGGAUAAUUCUUCAGAUGAGGGAUUUCUGUGUUUUUCUCUGUCCUGUUUUGCUUGAAGCACUUUGGAAAUUUUUUGAAUUUUAAAUGUUGGAUGGGAGAGCAACGCAAAUGUUUGGAUUAGAUUAUUUGUGGUACCUUAAUGGUUGGUCGUAUGUCAGUUAGCACCUUAAGGCUUGUUUCGCUUCUUUUUUAAAAUCUGUCUGGAGACUCUCCAACACGGCUAUUUAAAGCUGUUAAAUCCCCAAAUUCUGUUUUUUAAUUUUUUGAUAACUUCCAUUUUAUUAUUUCAUUCCAGUUUGGAACUUCAUUGUUUGUGUAAACGUAGUAGAAGCUGAUUCCUUGUUGUACAUUUGAAGAUUUUCAUUCUUUUACUUUUUGGACAUAACAGACAUAAUGAGAUUCUAACAUAAAUAUUGAUACUGGUAUCACACUUAUUUUGCCUUUUUGAUAAGCAAAAAUUAGGCUUCUUUUAAAAAAAGAGGGCUUUGGAUGUAUUUAACGUUGAAUGUUGGGGAAACAAAGUAUCUCCUUGAAAUGAAUACUGAUGAUCUGGAGGAAAUAUUUUUUUUGCAAGAUCCACCUCAGAAAUUCUUCUGUCCUGCAGUUCUUUUGUAAUUAAUUUCCUGUAUAUGCAACUUUAACAUUCACCCAAGAACAUGUGCUAUUUUUAUUAUGUAUACAUUCGUCAUCCGGUUUACUGUCUACAUUGAGUGCAAAGCUCCAUACUGUCUUAACCUUGUUAUGGUAUUUUAAAGGUAUGUCUCCUUUUGUAACAACGUAGAUGGACUGGUAGGGAAGCUGGCUUAGUAUUAAAGAACUGGCAUCAUUCUUUUAUUUUUCCUUUUGCCAAUAAAGUAAUUACAGUUA